AUGCAGCAUCUGGCGUUUGAUGCGAUUAUUCAAAUUACUACUGUUUUUAAAGCUAUUGGUAGCGUGAAGGAAUAUUGGAGUAGGCGAACACAGGUAAACGAUUUGUUGUUGUUGGCCUAGCCUGGGAUGAUUUGUUGUUGGUUUGUUGUUGGCCUAGCUCUGGGAUGAUUUGUUGUUGGUAUAUAUGUUGUUGGCCUAGCUCUGGGAUGACUUGUUGUUGGUAUAUAUGUUGUUGGCCUAGCUCUGGGAUGAUUUGUUGUUGGUAUAUGUUGUUGGCCUAGCUCUGUUUUCUAUACGAGUCAAAUCACUUGCUGUAAUUUUUGAAUGCUCCAUUCGGGAAUCGUCCCCAUGCGCCGCUCCUAUUUCAGAUCGUAAGUGAACAGAAAAUGCAAUGCAAAUUACUGAAAAGUACAGCUAAUAUGACAUGCUGUCCUUUUAUUUUUCCAGAGUGAAGAUAUGAAAGUUUCAAAAGUUAGUGUUGCAAAGCCUGUGGAACUUGAUUUUAGACUUGAUGAUCGUUCACAUCGAUCCAUUAAAACUGCUACACUCCAGUUUGAGAAAAUGGUAGGCACAAUAACUUUUUCAUUGUUUUCAAACUUAACUUGCCAAAAACAAUUUGCUUUAUGCGUUCACACAAUACUUGGUUCAAGAGAAUUCUUCAUAGUCCUGUUAGUUUCUUUUUAAUUAAUGCUUAAUGAAAAAUGACCUCUUCCUUUAAUUAACAUAUACUUUGUUUUCCAUUCUGUUGUUUUUCUUUUCUGUUGGUUUUCUUUUCUGAAAACCCGUGCAUGCAAGCAAGCAACUUUUCUUGACCUAUUUUAUGUGAGGGGAAAAUAUUGAGAUUUUUUCCCGAGUUUCCUGGGUAGUUUUACAAUCAUUUUCCUAAAAUAAAAGAAAAGUUCACGAAUGCGUAUUUAGAGCAUCUCAAUAUUUUUUCUUUCUGAAUUAGUCAUCAAAUAUUGGAAUAAGAAGUUUUCUGUGGAAAGAAUAUGGCAAAGCAUUUAUCAAACAACAUAGACUCCAUCCAGAUACGUACGUUCAAAUGGCUAUUCAACUGGCUGACUACAAAUUACAUAAAAGGUAUAUGUUGUUCUUGUUAGUUAAUUUUAAUUGAUUAAUUGAUUUGUAUAGGUAAUCAUGCGAUGGCGAAUACAAUUAUUGUACGAGCAACAUCGCAUGAUUACUUGUUUAUUAUUAGCAUGACAAAAUUGGAUAAUUCCCAAUGUCGACAUCAUAUUCUCUUGCCAAAGCCCAGUCCUGUCAGACUUUCAACCAAAAUUUGGUGCUUUUGUUCGUUUUGGGAAGCUCACUUACAUCACAAUACAACUCAAUACAAUAUAAUCUAUGUUAUUGUCCUCGUUUGUGCAAAAAGUGGUUCCGUUCUCGUCACGUGUGUAUUGCAUUUUACCGUAAACAACCAAUAGCUGAAUGUAAGGACCCCAUAAUUGGAGAUUACCUCUGUGGCUAGUCUCUGCCCGAAUUGUAUGUAAAUUUUGUAAAGUAUUAGUUUUAUUUAUGUCUGUUAUGUUUGGCGAAUCUUGUAAAAAAAUAAAUAAAUAAAAAAAAUUUUAAAAAAAUGUUCGAACUCAGCUGUUCAUCCGUAACUGAAACAAUUGGUCAACCUACACAUUACUAUUGGUUGAUUUCGAAAAAAUACAAUACACCCGUGACGAGAUAGGACCCAUAUUUUUGCAUAAACCUACACAAACAUGGAUAAUGAGCUGUAUUUUAUUUUCGCCGAGUCACCAAACCAUGCAUUUUAUUAACUGUGUUUUGCUUUAAGUUCCUCUAGGGCAAUUUCAUUUGUGUUUAAUAAAUACCGCCAUUUUGUUUGUUUUGGGAAAAUCAUUAAUUGUACUGCAGUACAAUUAUUAAUGAAACAAUUGUACUCCUCUCAACCAAGCAGCAUCCAGUAAUUUUGUCAUGCUAAUAAUAAGGUUGGUUAUUGAUUGAUUGAUCGAUUGAUUUAUUCAAUAAUUGAUCGAUUCAUUCGAUUUCCACAUAUGCUUUAUUUAGAGUGGCUGCUACGUAUGAAACAGCUUCAACAAGGCAAUUUUAUCAUGGACGUACCGAAACGGUAAAUAGGGAAUUUAAAUAGUUUUAGUCCAUAAUGGACGUCCCAUGUACAAACCAGCUAUUUUUUUUUUUUUUUGAAGUGCCGCAUGACUGAGUGACCUCAAGAAACAAACUAUCACAAAGAUUCAUUUUUAAGGCAAUGAUACAAAAAAUCUUAAAACGAAAUCUAAAAGCCUAAUCUUUAUUAGAAUGGGAAAAUUAAAUCUACGUAUCCAUGACUUAAAGCACAAGAACAUGGCAAAUGUUUUAUACACCCUGGAUGUAAUGAAAUAAUUUAAAGAAAUGAAAGCAUUUUAUUUUUCUACGUUUUAUUCGACUAUAUUUUAGUUAUCUUCAGGAAUGGAUGAAAUCAAGCAUACUGUAACAGUACCUUAUAUACUCUAGUUACAGCUACCGUCUUUCUUAUAGUGAUGAUGAUAUGCGUAUUAAUAUAUAGAACAAUAUAAGUGUAUAGUUCGUUGUGUUCACGUUUACUAUGGCCAAGAUAUUGUUAAUGAGUUUCCUUCUAUAGCUUUAAUUUUUUUUGAAGAAGGGUUAUUAAUGCAGCUAGGAUUCAACCCGUCGACAUAUUUUCAUGCUUUUCAGAACUUUCAAUCCUUCGGUACGUAACACCUUGUUUUUCCAGUAAAAGAUUAAACAGUUAAAUGUACAAUUCAUCAAAGAUAUGGUUUUAGCCCACUCCCUGCAAGGGUUGCAUUAUCCAAAGUAUAUGUUGUCUCUGGCGAGUUUAUUCUUAAUCCAAUGUAGACGAAUAUUGGAAUGGAAACCACCGCAACACAAGCGACUGCUAGCAAACAACUCGAUAUGUUUUUCAAAGAAAACGACUUUUUCAUGUCGGGAGAUAUUCUUUUGUUUUUACGACUUUUCCUGACGACUAGAAACAGUUUGUAGUUGAUAAAUAACAUUGCAGGAAUGAGAAGAAUACAAAGAAUUAGAGCAUACAAUUGGAAGGGGAUAAAUUCGUUUAUAGUCAUCAUUCCCAAAGUUAUUUCGACGAUGAUCAGUAUUGCAAGAAGAGUUAAAAGUUUUCCCUUCGUUACCGAUGUGCAUAGGCGUACGGGCACAUUUUUUUCGGGGGGGCUGGGCUGAAUUUGCCCGAAUGACAUGACGUCAUAGAUUUCAUGACGUCAUCAUAAAAUGAUAUAAUCUAAGAAGACUACAAAUGAAAGGCUUUCAUUUGAAGAUUGACGAACGUGAUAUAAAAAGAAAUAUGUCGUCCCCAGCCAUUUCAUUUAUAAGAUAAGGUUAUCAUCGUCCUUGGUUGUCAUGUUACUUUUUACAAAGAAAGUACUGAUUUUCGACUGGGAUGAAUCCGAUGAUUCCAUCACUGGAUGACAUUUUACUUUUUUACCAUUGUGAACCAAUCGAGAAUGCACCUCUUUAUAAUCACUGUCGAUUUCCUUAUUGCAUUCCUCGCACCGAACGCGAUAUCGGUACUGUCUUUUACGAGAUGCCAUACGUAAUGAUUGUAAAAAAAAUCGCACACUUUUAUGUCUAUCUAAUAGUCUAAAAUUAGUCCCAUUAUGUCAUUGUACAGUAUUUGUACGGUUACAUCAAUGUCAAUUAUAAUGUAGUAUCUAUUUUCAGUGACUGCUGUGUCAUAGCCGCGGUGCCGCCCAAGACCAGAGACUGUAUUUACGCAACCAAUGCUAUCAAAGGAGAUAAACAUUACUGAUCCGAUUGUUACUACGCACACGUACGAUACCACACCUUCGCAAAAAUGUGUAGCUAUAUACUAUAUAUUUAUAUAGUUUAAUAGUUGUAUAGCCUAUACAUUAUGCUAGGUAAACUGAUGAAUAUAGGCAUGAAUACAGUAGUGGGGACAUACCUAAUUUUAGUGUGCAGUGAUAACCAAUUUGUGCAGUGAUAAAAGUAAAAUGUGCAGUGAUAAAAUAUAAAAUGUGCAGUGAUAACAUUUGCUUUGAUAAGUUGUUAAUUAACACAAGAAAAUGAGACAAUGAGCAGAAAAACUGAACUAAUCCGGCGAAACAUUUUGAAUGAGAAUGAUUUAAUUGAAAUUGAAAUGAUGACUGCCAAAUUAUCGAACGUCCACAUUAAUAACAUACUUAUGGUUCAUCAGAUGAACAAAGUCUCUCACCAUGCAAAGAUCUCUUUAUGAGUUUGGAAGAAGGAGUAAAUGAUACAUAUAAGAUUUCCGUUUUGUAAUUACUGUAUAAUUUUCAGAAUUCUAUAGAAUGUCCCCGCACAUUGCAGGAGAUACCCUUUUAUAGUGCCUAGAUUACAAAAUUGUCUGUUGGUGCGUGCCCCUGGAACUCCUCUAGAGGUUUGUCACGCCUAAGCCCGUAAGCUGCCUUUCAUUUGCCAAGACGAAAAUAUUUAUUUUCUUCAGUCAUGUUAUUAUGAAACUAAGCUGUCACAGAUAGUCGUAACUGCAGGUGCUGUCAAGGCCGCCCAGAGGGGUGCAAUUUGCCCUGGGACCCCAGUUAAAGGGGGGCCCAAAUAAAGAAUUGCAGUGAAAUGUACAUAGAUAUAACUAACUAUCAACUAGACUUCCAGAAUGCAGGAUUUGGCCAUUUCUGGGAUCACAGAUUCAAAAUUUUUCCGGGUGAUGCCCCCGGACCAGGGAAUCAUAGUGUUAGAACAUGGAAUCACGAGAGCCCACAAGUCAAAGUUUGUCCUGGGCCCCCAAAUUUCCCUGAGUGCUGUGCAGUGUAUGUUCGUUUUGGCAUUUUUGAAUAUGAAUAGUAGCCUGCUUUGUUGUUACACAUUAUUAUAAGGAUGUGUUCAGAAAUUUUCAGGGCGUGCUUCUGCUCGACUAAACUUUGCACAAAACUGUGCAGUGAUAAAAAAUUCUUAAAAUUAGGUAUGGUUGGGGAUUUACGUCUGUGGUAUGUGCGUAACGUAAAAAUCAAAACCAAAUCCGGUUAAGUUAGAGAACUUGACCUUUAAAUUAAUAAAGGUUAACCUGAUGCAUGCGAUCUAUGGUAUUAAUAAAUACACACAAACGUAGUGAAACGCGUUGCCAUUACAGAUUUCCAUUGCAUGAUUGAACCUUACGUAAAAGUUGAACUUGUCGAAAUAAUACUUCUGUUCCGCUUUAUGGAUCAAUAUAUUCGUCUAAUCACCAGACCGUCGUUGCCCGAAUGACAAGAUAAUUUUUGCCCGAAUAGAUAAAUUCUCAAAAAUUUGGGGGGGCUGCAGCCCCCCCCAGCCCCACCCUCCCGUACGCCUAUGCCGAUGUGCGAUGAAAGAUAGGAUAAGAUGUCGCCAAAUAUCGAUCGAAAUUCAUCACCAAAAGAGCGAAUAAUGAAAAACCAAGGGAAAUACUUGUCGAGUUCAUGGAAAUAUGAGCCCAUCUAGCAUUUACAUCCACCUUUUCAGUCAACCAUGACUUCGCGAUAAGGACCAUCAAUGGAUUGUUAGUUAAAACCGUAAGCAAAUCGCAACAGGACAAAACCAUUAUCGUGAAAUAACAUAAUUUCUUUCGAAGCUGUACAGACUUCCAGAAACUGAGUAUGACCAAGGAAUUUAAACAUAUUCCUGAGAAAAAGAAGAAUACAUUCACAGCAAAUAUGAAUAUCAGGUUGAUAAAAUAAAUAGAUUCCAUCCUCGACCGACUUCUUCUGAAGUAUUAACGCGAUUAUAACACAACGUUUGAAAGGUUUUUUAUUGCAUCGCAGUUGUACAAGGUGGUCACACCUGUUUUUAAUUUAUGGCAAUGACGCACUUGUAAUAACCUGACGUCAUUACUUAUGUAACGUCACUUGUAUAUAGUUAGCAUUCCAUGGAUAUUAAAUUUAGUAUUGUGAUAACCACUCAAAGAGCGUGCUUCGUAUUAUCAUACUAUAGGAAUACUACAUUGGCGACGAGGAUAAAAAUAUCUCCACAUGCGCUAUGGCCUCAUCUUUACCACCAUUUCCUCCGUUCAAUGUUGAAGACGACCCCACCGCGACGGGCGCCACCGGUCAAUGCUGGACUAAAUGGAAAAAACGUUUUGAAAAUUUCCUUCUUGCCAUGGAUAUCGAUGAUGAGACACGCAAACGCGCACUUCUUUUGCACUAUAUUGGCUCGUCAGCAUUUGAUACAUUCGAAACCUUAACGGAUACCGGUGACGAGAAAGACUACAAGAAAGCGAUGGACCGCCUAACCGAACAUUUUACGCCGCAACGCAACGUUGAUUAUGAAACUUACCUCUUUCGUCAAGCUCGUCAACAACCAACUGAGACGCUCGAUCAAUUUACCACUCGUCUGCACCAACUGGCCUCAACUUGCGAAUUUACCUCUGUUGAGAAAGAAAUCAAAUCGCAGAUAAUCCUCAACUGCUCCUCGUCUCACUUUUGUCGACGCGCACUUUCUGAAUCAUCCUUAACCCUCAAAGCACUCCUUGAUCUCGGUCGCGCCAUGGAAAUAUCUGAAAAACAAGCCUCUGGUAUUGAAUCUAAAUCCAUUUCUCCUGAUCAAACUGAACUUUUAAACCAUACUCGUAUGUCUCAGCGUUCUCAAUCCCGUCAAUCGCCUUCUGCUCCUUUCCCACGUUCCCGAGAGUUCCCAAGCCCAUCCUCUACGUGUAACGUGUGGACAUUAUGGCUAUCCACAAGGUCAAGCCAGCUGUCCUGCGCGCGCUUCCCAGUGUCGUUCGUGCGGAAAAAUGAACCAUUUUGCCCGUUGUUGUCGAUCUAAACCUAUCAGACCACCGUUUGCUGAAAGUAGCUCCCCCCGUCCUCAAUCGCGUUUUCAACUACCCCCUCCUAACUCCUUUCCACGUCAACCCCCACCUCUGAUGCUGAGUAUCUUUUCACAGUAGCUAUUUUUCAAGUCAGUAAUUUAACCACCCCGAAGGCCAAAGUUAUGAUUGCAAAUGUACCACUUCAAAUGUUGAUCGAUUCCGGCGCCAGCAUUAAUGUUAUUGAUGAAAAGGCUUAUCACGCCAUCACGAAAUCCUCUACCUGUUCUUGGAACAUUCUACACUCGCGUUGAAUCGAAAACACGCACAACCCCCGCUACUAUCUACGUUAUUAAGGGCGAAAACAACUGAAUUAGAACUUAUCUCUGUCAUCGCUCAAACCAACGCAUCUGUCAACACCACCACACCGCUUUCCACACUUAGCAGCACACAAUUAAUUGGCAAGAUGAAGGAUUUUCAAGUUCAUCUACAUAUUGAUCUCUCUGUACCCCCCGUGACGCAACCUCAUCAGAGAAUUCCGUUCCACCAGGUUAUUAUCGAACCGGUUGAUGGCACAGCUCCUUGGGUGUCCCCUCUCGUUGUGACACCAAAACCAAAGAACCCUGAUGAGAUUCGCCUUUGUAUCGAUAUGCGCUAACCCAAUCGUGCGAUCCUUCGUGAACGUCAUCUUACACCGACUAUUGAUGACCUAAUUCAUGAUCUAAACGGUGCCACUGUUUUCUCUAAAAUUGAUUUGAACUCUGGUUACCAUUAACUCGGACUCGCACCCGAAAGCCGCUAUAUCACAACGUUUUCCACGCACAGAGGACUUCGCCGCUACACCCGCUUAAAUUUUGGUACGUCAUCCGCCGCCGAAGUCUUUCAAGAUGCCAUCCAACAAGUCCUCAGUGGUAUCGAAGGUGCUCGUAAUGUUAGCGAUGACAUCAUCAAUUUUGGUACAGACCAAGCGGCACAUGACAAAGCGCUUCAUGCCGUUUUUGAACGUUUACGCUCUAAGAACCUUACGAUGAAUGCCAAAAAGUGCGAGUUCAACAAAUCCAGCAUCGAGUUCUUUGGGUAUGUAUUCUCCAGAAAUUGUUUCUCCCCAGACCCCCAGAAAGUCUCUGCCAUCGACAAUACCAGUCCCCCUACCACCGCUCAUGAAGUUCGCAGUUUCCUCGGUAUGACCAAGUACUGUUCCCGAUUUAUCCCCAAUUAUUCCACCAUCACCGAACCCCUCCGUACGCUUACCAAAUCCGAUCAGCCCUGGACAUGGAAAUCCCAGCAUCAACACGCUUUUGAUCAGCUGAAGGAUCUUCUCACCAGCGACACCGUUCUCUCGUACUUCAACCCCCACAAAGAAGCCACCAUAAUUGUCGAUGCCAGCCCUGUUGGUCUUGGUGCUAUUCUUUGCCAAGACAAUCAUGUUGUUGCCUAUGCAAGUCGUUCUCUCACUCCCGUAGAACAACGGUAUUCCCAAACAGAACGAGAAGCCCUCGGUGUACUGUUUGCUUGUGAACAUUUUCAUCUUUACAUAUACGGCGCGAAAUUCAACAUCAUCACAGAUCACAAACCUCUUGAACGCAUCUUUACCAAUCCCGCUGCUCGUUCCAAUGCCCGAUUAGAACGCUGGGCCCUCAAGCUUCAACCAUAUCACUUCACCAUUUCCUAUUCUCCUGGCAAAACCAACCCCGCUGAUUAUCUGUCCCGUCACCUUCCAGCUACGACCCACCCUUCCACUGCAUCCGACCAGGCGGAAGAAUAUAUCGCGUUCUUAGCAGAUCAUACCACCCCAAAAGCUAUGACCGUUUCUGAAGUGAAACAAUCCACCCGUGCCGACCUCACUCUGCAAGCCGUCAUCGAAGCCCUCCGUAACAACUCCUGGCACUCAACUUUUGAGACACCCAGUCCCCUUGUCAACUCCCAGGACCUCCACGCUCUCUACAAUAUCCGCGAUGAACUGAGUGUUUCUGAUUAUCAUGAUCUCCUUUUUCGCUCUCACCGUCUCAUCCUCCCACAUGCCCUUCGUCAACGUGCUCUCCACAUCGCCCAUGAAGGUCAUCAAGGCCUUACCAAAAUCAAACAGCUGCUCCGCGAAAAGAUUUGGUUCCCUGGAAUCGAUGGGCGUACGAAAAAGCUAAUUGACACCUGUCUCACCUGUCAGGCAACAGUCGUUCAACAGCCAUUUGAACCCCUACGCAUGACCGAGUUACCACAGGCCCCUUGACAACAACUCUCUGUAGAUUUCUGCGGCCCUCAUCCCUCCGGUGAUAUGCUUUUCGUGGUAAUCGACGAAUACUCCGAGGUUGAGAUUGUUCGCUCCACCUCUGCAAAUACCGUCAUCCCGAAACUUGACCGCAUUUUAUCCACGCAUGGCAUUCCUAGAGAAAUCAAGUCUGACAACGGACCUCCAUUUCAAAGUCACUCUUUCGCCCAGUUCGCGCAAUACAUGGGGUUUCACCACCGAAAGAUCACUCCGGAGUGGUCAAAAGCCAAUUCUGAGUCUGAACGUUUCAUGCGAACAAUUCAGAAAACACUACGCGCUGCCCACCUCGAAAACAAGAAUUGGAAGCAAGAACUGUUUCUUUUCCUCCGAAACUACCUUGCAACGCCACAUUCUACCACGGGAGUUUCCCCUGCCGAGCUCCUCUUUGGACGAAAAUUGACCGUCAAGUUACCGGAAGUAGUCCCCACGUCACGAUCGCAAUUCGCCGAUAUCGAUCUCAAAAAGAAGGAAAGAUGAAAGAGUAUGCUGAUACCGCAGCUAAAGCAAAACCACACAGCCUUCAAGUUGGUGACACUGUUCUCGUUCGUCAAAAACGAGUCAAUAAACUAUCCUGACCGUACGACAAACAUCCAUACACUAUCGUCAAGAUCAAAGGUAGUAUGAUAACGGCAAGAAACGCAACCAGUUACAUAACAAGAAACAGCUCGCAGUUCAAGAAAAUCACUAUCACCACACACAACAAGAUGAUGCAGCAGACCCUUUUGACGAUGAGGACAUCAACAUUCCAACACCGGACCAUCCUACGGAAAUUAGGCGUUAUCCCACAAGAGAAAAUAGGAGACCCCCAGGCCCCAGAACGCCUAAAUAUUGAAUAUCAGCAUUAACAAUAUUUAAACUAACUAUGUUUAUUGCUAAAUAUAUAUACUUCAGUUUAGAUAAUUGGUUUUAAUUAGUUCAAAUUACUGUUUCUUCUAUAUAUUAAUGACUUUCAAAACAGUUCUAAGUUGUUUGACUUUCAUCUGUUUCCAGAUGAUUCAAAUCUUUUUUACUCCAACAGAAACUUAAGUCACUCUAGAAAACAACAAUAAUCAUUUGGUAAAAAUAAAUGAGUGAAUGACUUUGUGCGAAUAAACUGUCACUUAAUAUAAUUUUAUACAUAUCUAUGUAAUUAUAAUAUUGCUGUGCAUAUCUAUAUAAUUAACAAAUAUAAAACAUUUUCCGUGUUGAUAUACAUGCAUUUAUAUCAACACGAGUGGAAAUUGGGAAAACGAGAAAUUGUGUGGAAACACGACGCCCGAAGUGCGGAGUGUUUUCUCACUUUUUUGUGAAUUUUUUAUAUUUCCUUUAUAAUAUACCAGAAAUUUUCCGUGCUGACAUUGAGUUAUAUCAACACGGCUCUUGGGCAAUCAGCGUUCAGAAUUUACAAAUGCUAUAUCAUAAAUAUCUAUAUAAUUAUAAUAUUGCUGUGCAUAUCUAUAUAUUGUUUGUGAAGUCAGGAAUGACAACAUGUACAGUUUCACAUUACUUGCAAUUUCAAAUAGGAACGGCUGUCGCAAAUUUUGAUUUAGUUGGAGUUUCGCUAUAGCACGUUAAUGUACCUGACUCGUCCCCAGUCGCUCAUCCCGCGUUGAAUUAUGGGAAUGCUCUGCAUUCCCAUGGGCCUUUGCGUCCUAUUGCGGCCUUUGCGUCCUAUUCCAACCCGUAAACGCCUGUAAAUUUGCGCCUGCAUAAUCUUAAUUUUUUCGAAGCAAAAUUGAGGACUGUGGAAGAGUCAGGUAAUUAAUGUAGCAUUAUGUUUUAGGUCCGUUCUCACACUACAGAAGCGAAACAAUGGUGUAAAGCGAUGGAAGAUGAUCAAUCUACGGUAGUGUAACUACACUUAUCUGUUUGAGAUAUUGUAUGACACGAUCCUGUUUGUAGGCCCAAGUUUGAAAAAAUUAGUGUCCCCGAGCAUCCUACUACCUCUUUCAUAGGUGUUUCACUAAUUCCGAGCGGGCUAUAAAAAUUAUGUAGCGACCAUUUCAUACUUCGCGCCUCACUGAGAAGGGGACUGGGAACAUCUGGGAUAGGCUGCUCCGGUUUCUGUUUUAAAACAUUCAUUGCACUGUUCUUCUGUUCACAUUCUGUUCUGGAAAGAAGUGCCGCGAGCGGGCUAAAUCAAAACGUAGCCACGUAAAUCAAGACGUUCCUUCAGUACCAGCUAUUUUGUUUUUUGUUUUUUUUUAAGUGCGCAUGACACGAAUUUUUUCCGCCUUUAUUUUAUCCGCCUUUAUUUUAUCCGCCUUUAUUUUAUACAUCACUUUAAAGUACCUCGAAAUGAUGAAAAAUGGCCUUAAAGGACAAUUAAUGGCAACGAAAACACACAGCUCAUCUUGUUCCCAUGUUAUCGGUCAUUAUCGGUCUAAUAUCUCUGAUGUGAUUCAACGAAAUGAAAUGAAAUUUGGUACAGUUAGUAAGUGUACCUAUAAGCAAACAUUUUGUACCGUUUAUGUGGUUGUCAUAGGAACACACUAGUUACCAGGUCAUAGCAACACACUAAUUACCAGGUUUAAUUAUUCGCGCAUGCUUCCUAAGCAUAGGACAGAGAGACCUGGUAACUAUUGUGUUGCUAUGACAACCACAUAAACGGUACAAAAUGUUUGCUUAGGUGCACUUACUAACUGUACCGAAUUUCAUUUAAAGUGCCCGUAACAGCUUAUUAAAAGUAUGCUAUGAGUGUAGCAGUUGCGCGAAAAAAUUUUUGCUUUUGGUUAAAAAGCAAAAAUUUUAGAGCCACUUGAACCUGCUUAUAUUGCGAUUUUACUUGGCACAUGGCCGUCGGAAUAUUUAACUGCUUGAAGUCUGGAACGAGCAUUAUUUGCGUGCUUCUAUGAACGUGCGUGUUUCUAUGAACAUUUCAGUAUAACAAGACGCUCUACGGAACGUUAGCCGAUAGGACAAUGGAAAUAUCAGCUUUAAAAAACCUGUGUUGUACAAAUAUAUCACCGAAGAAGAGCGAGCUUGCUUGUUCGAAAAUAUUGAUCUAAACUUGAUCCAGUUUGGCAGUUUGCUCAACAAUAACAAGUAUCGUAUUAAAUUGCAACGGAACUUAAAUUGGCCUGGUGCUGAUCGUGUCUGUAUAAUAGCGCGUUUGUUUUGUCGAAAAUCAUGAUUUUCCAAGCUUAUACCGUUUGCGCUAAUAAUCGUUGCAUGAUAUAUUUAUGUUCUGUUAUGUAAAUUUAUGUUCUAAAACGCAUUCGCUAUAUUAUUUGCAGUGGAAUCGUAAAUAGUUGUGUCACUAUACUGCCAUUUGAUAUGUGCUUGAGAUCUGCGAGUACAAAGUAUUCGUUGCCCACUCUAACUCUAAGAAAUAUAUGCGCACAUUUCACAAGAACGCUUUCCUGUUAAAACACAAUAUUUUGAUCGUGAAAUGACUAAAUACCACCGGUUUACAUCUAGUGAUCCGAACUUUGUGAUGACAGAAUAGCGCACCAAAUUGUAAGAUAGUGUAAAUUGUCUUGUCAUAUGAUCGGUAUGUGGCAAUAAAAUAUUGCCGCAGAGACAACUUAAAAGCAUCAACACAACAUAUUUUAUCCUUGGUGGAACGAUCAGCGUAGUAUAGAAACCGUGGCAAAGCUAGUUUCAUAAAAUUGUGAAAAUGCUCACUAAAAAUGAUCGUAAAAUAUAGAGAAGCUGCAGUUUAGUACGCGUGUGACAACAAUUGCAAGUGUAUCAAAGAUCAUGUAACCCGGCCUAGGUUGAACAUAAUAUACUGUAAAUUGUAAUAUUCCUGAAAUACGACGAUAAUAACUUCGAAAGAUUUACCAUAUCACCAUGAUGAUUUUUAGUUCAAAGUUUUAGUGGCAAGACUCGUGUAUUUACUUAUUUAGUGGUGAUAUUCAGUAACUCGCGUGACGUCAGAAAUUGUGCUAGACCCAGACUCCCGUACACGACGUCCAUUGACCAAGCAAUCCAUAAUUCAAGUGGCUCUAAAAUGUUUGCUUUUCAACCAAACACAAAAAAUGUUUCGCAAUACUGUUCCACUGGUAGCAUACUUUUAACAAGCUGAAAAUCAACUUUGGGGUUACGGGCACUUUAAUUUCGUUGAAUCUUUUUGUUGCCAUCUUAAGCACAACCAGUGACGUCAUGACACAAAAUACAAAAUGUCCGAUAUAACUUUGGAACGAGAUGAGCUGUGGAUAAAAUCGUUGAGCCGGUUGAGGCCAUUCUUCGUCAUUUUCACAGUACUGUAAAAUAAUGUAUAAGAAACGAGGAAACAAUUUCAUGUUAUGUGCACUUUAAGUUUUUAAACAAAAGAAUUUUCACAGAAAACAUCCUUUCCUCAUUUUAUAAUUGUUUAGUUAUACGCUUUCUUUAUGCUCACUUCUAGGCUAAACGUAAAGUGAAACUGCUAAGGAUUGCUUGUUUAAAACAUGAUGAACUGAUGAGCGAGGCUACUAAUGGAUUAGGUGAGCAUAUACUACAAUGUGCAUAAAAAUGCACGAUAUUCGACUAAUUUAUUUAAUUAACCUUGCACAUAUUACAUAGUGGCAGGGAAUCCGCCACAAGAUAAUUGCCAAUUACUGCGGGCCCGAAUAAAUAAAUUACAACAAUACCCAUAUUAAACGACAAAGAACAGUACUAACAGUUCCUACAUAGAGCACAAUAAUGACGCUGUGAGACUACGAACAGAAUUACACUUAGAACAUAUAGUUUUAUAACUACGAGGAUCCUCAUCAUCGUAACACGAGUACAAAGAGGAAAUGUUAGACUUAAAUGAUGAAGACUAUCCGUAUUCAAAUUAAGUUCAUCAAUGAUAUGGUCCCAUAUUCGAGUUGCCCGAAUCAUGUAAAAUCUUUGAUAUGUUACUGUUUUGCAUUUUGACACGUGAACUUAGGACUGUUAUUGACGGAGGAUCUAGUGGAUCUGAAUGAUCACUAGUUUGUGAGUUAUUUUAUAAAAAAGCACCAUGUCUAGGUCUUCAUGCCAAUAGCAGGUAAGGUAAGAGGGCUAACGUUUAAAGUCUGGUAGUAUGGUCAGUAGAGCAGAAUGGAAGACUGAGGAUGUAUUUGGUUACUCUUCUCUGUGUUACGUGUCAAGGUGGCGUAUUAUGGUGCCCAUAUUUGGGUAGCAUACCCCAGGUGUGGCUGUGUUUCACUUCCUGGUUGCACAGUUUAUAGACUAAGACUAUAAACUGUGCUGGUUGUGGAUAUACAUUGUGGUCUUCUGAUGUAACCCAAUACCGUGCUCGUACACUUGUCUGUUCCAGGUUAAGCUUUUAUCCACAAACACGCCGAGAUCUCGUUCACAUUCAGUCUGUACUAAAUUUCCGUUGUGUUAUCUUUCUUGUUAUACGUUGUGCCUUGCAUACUAAAUUUGUGACCUGACUCUUCAGACCACGUUUCUAAAUUUUGAGAUCGUUUUGAAGCUGUUUGCUGUCUCUGAUGGACUUGAUGUUUUUGAACAGUUUUGUAUCAUCAGCAAACAUAGCAACAUGACUAGAUGUAAUUGCAUCUGGAUGGUCGUUGACAUAGAGGCUGAAAAGGACUGGACCCUUGAGGCACACCUGAUGUAACUGGUAUGGUAGUAGAAGUGGAACCUUGUGUAGUUACACGUUGAUGGCGAUUGGUUAGGUAAGAUUGAAACCACUGCAAGAGACUACCUCCAAAUCCAGCCAUCCAUAAUUUGUACAACAGAUGUUUAUGGUUUACUAAGGUAGUCACUCGCCUUAGACAUGUCAAGAUACACAGCAUCGAACAUCCAUAGUCGAGCCAAUAUAGUUGAACUUCGAGAAGAUUGGUCACGCAUGAUUUUCUCUAAUGAAUCCGUGCUGCGAGAUCUUAAUUACCUGGUACAGCUGCUCCCUGAGACGGGAGCGUUCCAAAACGUUCCACACAAUCGAAAGGAGUAAGAUUGACUGGUAGUUUUCAGCAUAUUCCUUUUCACCUUUCUUGUACGUAGGAACUAUGUUGGCGAUUUCCAAUCUUCUGGAAGAGCACCUUGGCUUAGGGACUUAUUAAAAAGCGUGCACAAAGACGUUGAAAUAACAGGAGCAGACGGGAAGUGUCUGUCCAGGGAGGUGUCCCCUAGUCUGCGUAGGUGUCCCCAUGCAACAGGUAUUUAUCGAUAUUUUUUUCUGGUGGGAUCCUGUCAUGUUUAGACAAGAAAUGGGCCCCUUAAAUGUCAGUUACAAUUAGACACCAUGCAGGCCUGCCUUAAUUGUAGGUUCACAUAGGGCUGGAUAAAAUAGCGGCCCGCUGGAUAUUUAUCCCAGAACAUUUGAGGUUAGUAGAGUAAAUGUAGGAUAUAUGAAUAACUAGGGACUCUUAGCAUGAAUUUAACAUUAAAUCAUCAAAUCCAUAUUUAGGAAUCGAUCGUCAUCUCUUGGGUCUUAAAAUUCUUGCAGAAAAGUCAGGUUUGUUAUGAUUGUUAAUAACACCUUGGUUGAUAAACACUUUGGAAAUUUGCUUGGGUGCACACGACACAACGUGAGGCUGAUAAUAGCGUCCAACUGAAAUAAGUUAUUGUCAACAUCGGCACAGAAUAGAGACAUACAGAAGUCAACUCAGCCAAAAAAGCGUAACCGCUGCCACACCAUGAUGCAUGAUUCGCAAUGAUUCGUCAUCAAAAUGCUUUCGCCAUGUUUCUAGGGAAAGGGAAAGGUUAGUUCGCUGACCUCAGAAUGACAUUUCGUCAAAACGUUUUUCUUCGAGAUUGGUUCAGAAACAAACUUGGAGUAGGUUUAGGGUUGGUGUUUAGAAUUGGGUUAGUGUUAGUAAAACCGUUUCUUUCUUAUGUUUUGUCACUCUGAGGCCAGCGAAAUAACCUCUUCCCUAGGACCAUGCAUGGCGACAGCAUUGCAACGGUUACACCAAAAUCAUAGGCAAAACCAAGAAGUCGACCUUUCGUAAGGUUCCUAUUCUAUGACCUCGGCCUCGCACCAUUGUCCCGUGUUCUUAAAAUGCCUAUACAAUUGCACAAACAACAAACGUAUGGGAAUUACAGCGGUGGUUGAAUUAUAAGGUGUACGUUUUAAAUGUUAUAACAAACGUGACAUUUUAGUCUCUUAUAAUCGGUGGUGAUAUUCAGUGAUAUUUUCAGUUAUGAACCAUCUUAUCUGUGUUAUGUUUUAGGAUUACCAACGCCCGAGAUAUUCACUGAUCCAGCUUGGACAAAAAGGUAUAGUACUUGAAUUCGUCAGAGAGAGAGAGAGGGACAUUUUCGUAACUAACUAGAAAAGACGACGCGAGCUCAAAGACGACGCGGAUGUCGUCAUUUGGCGUCAGCUGACAGCUUCUGGUUUGCGACCACUUUGCGACGUUGUCUUGAACAAUUUCACGACGUAUAUCAAAAUAUACAACCAGCCCCUAUAAACAGUUAUUGAAAAACUUCUUCACCAAUUUUCAAUCGUACUUUUGGCAAAAUUCAUAAAAUUUAGAAUUAAACUGAUGUGACAAUACUUUUUAUUUUGCAGUGGUGGUGAUGGUAAUUAUAUACUAUCUACCAGUUUAGUUGGAUACAUCCCAGUUUUUGGUGUUACCUGGCCGAUGGUGGAAGAUGGUUAUGGGACGUUUUAUAGCAUACAGGACAACCGGUAGGUAUUGCAUAUUUUGGCACCUAACACCUCUUCAGUGCAGAUUGGUACAUCUAGACACAAGAAGGCACUUUAUUUAUUCUUUAUAGCUUGUUCUCACCCAGCACAUAUGGCACAACUCAGUGACAUCUUGCUGUCGUAUUUAUCUGAACUUAGAAGCAAUGUUUUUUUCCAAGGGAUAGAUCCAGUUUUUAUCUGGUACGGGGGAGGAGGGGGGUGUGAUAGACGCCAUCACCAUCCUGUUUGUCCGCUCAAGGGGGGUCGGGUCGCCUCGACACAUUUGACAUUCUCCACUUUAUUCUUUCGUCAACUUUAUCCAGAUCCACCACUCUACCAUCGUUCCGCACACAAUCCAUCCACCGCUCCCUCGGUCGUCCUCCCUGAUUCCCUGAUCAUCUGACAAACUAAUUUUCCUCCAUUCUCUUCAUGUGGCCGUAUUUUCUCUCUCAGUUCCACCACCUUCAAUUCCUUCCUGAUGUCUUCGUUUCUCAUUCUCUCUCUUGUUACUCCUCUAAUACCUCUAAUACCGCCAUGUAGGUUCACCGGUCUUACCAUCAUUUUGUACACCUACGUCUUCAGUCUCAUUAGCAUCCGUUUGUCAAAUAUAAUUUCACUGAUAUUCGUCCAUGUGUUCUCCUAUUUUCCUGUAGCCAACUUCCUAG